AAGAUUGCGCCAUUUUUGGUUGAAAUUUAAGUAUACAUUAAUAAUUGAUCGAUAUGUGGGUAGAAGAAAGAAUGGCUUGAAUGACCUAAGAAUCGUUAGUUACAGUUAAGAUGGAGCUACACUAUAUUGUGUUUUUAAAGAAAGGCCUUGCAAUUUAAAUAUGUUUUUGUUUUCAAAAGUUUGCUACGUCCUUUUUGCACUAGGUCCAAAAUUGUAUUCUGUUGUGUAUAUGCAGCACAGCGCAGAAGAUUAAAAUCAACAUGUUCACUGCAGUGAGAGCCUAAACAUUUUAGGUUACUUUUCGGUUUGUUAGGCGUGUUUGGUGCUAGCUUUGCCCAGUACCACAAUACGAGGUUUGAACGCUCAUCCAGAUGGACUCCAUUUUGUCUAUGCCCUAGGCUGCAAAGUGGUGGUUCAGAAUUGGAAGACAAAACAUCAAAAAACAUUUUCUGGGCAUACAAAUGUUAUAUCAGCCAUUGAUGUUUCUCCAAAUGGCACCUGUCAUCCUGUGGAGCUUUGAGACUAGUCAGCUUGUAUCUAAAUAUGACAUCCACAAGGUUCGUGUGGAGUCAGUUGCCUUUACCUGUGACAGUAAAUGUCUGAUAUCUUUGGGUGGUCUUGAUGACAGUAACAUCAUUGUGUGGAAUAUUGAAAAAGAAGAAGUGUUGUGUGGUGUUACAGCCAGUCGUGGGACAUCAGGCAAUGCAGCGUUACUCUGCUGCACAAACUUACGUGGCCAGUGUUUUGUCACUGGUGGAGAAGGCACACUGAGAGUCUGGAAAGUCAUUGCUGACACGAAACAAGCCGAAGCAGUGGACGUUAAAUUUGGACUCAUUAAAAGACAUAUAAUAUCCAUGGUGAUUGAUGAAUUGGAUGUGUUUGCUUUCUGUGGGACAACAACAGGAGAUAUUGUGAAAAUCAAGCUGAACUAUGAUGCUGAUAUUGACGUACUGGAUCCAGCUGCUACUCCAAUUCUUCUUGGUUGUUUUGGGAAGUAUAUUGGAAAAAAGAGACUAGUGACGGGAGAAGAACCUGCCAGAUACAGUCAGGGUGUGACUGCCCUAUGCUUACUGCCUAGUGACAUGGAAGGUAGAAUUGUUGUUGGAGCUGGGGAUGGAACAGUAGAACUGGUGAAGGAACUGAAAACUGUUACCUUCCCUGAACCCAGUGCGAUCCGCAAGGUCAAGAUGCUGUCUCUCCCACAGUUACUAGUUCUGAAAUCUACCAAUGUAAAUGCUGCACCCACAUCAUUGCUACUGGUGCAGACAACAGUCUUCAUUGGCACCAUGCUGAGUGAAAUCUUCACUGUUGAUUUGGAAACAUUUGAGGUGAAGCUGCAUGUAACGUGUCACAGGCACUCCAUCUAUGACAUCGCAUUCCCACAUGAAUAUUCAGAGGUGUUUGCGACCUGCAGCAAGGAUGACAUUAGAGUCUGGAACACAGAAACUUCAUUGGAACUCCUCCGCAUUACUGUUCCCAAUUUCACGUGUACCUGCAUACAGUUUGCAUGUGAUGGAAAAUCUAUCGUUAGUGGCUGGAAUGAUGGAAAGAUCAGAGCAUUCACUCCACAGACCGGGCGCCUCAUCUAUGAGAUUCACAAUGCACACAGCAAAGGGGUCACUGCUGUUGCCAUUACAACCUGUGGUCUGCAGGUUGUUAGUGGUGGGGGUGAAGGACAGGUGCGGGUCUGGAAGAUUACACCCACAUACCAGAAACUACAGGGUAUCCUGCAGGAACACAAAAGUUCUGUGUCCUGUAUCCAGAUCUCCAGCUCAGACACAGAGGCUGUCAGUGUCAGUUUGGAUGGAUCAUGUGUAAUAUGGGACAUAGUAAAAUUGGCACGUAAGCGCAGUCUGUUUGCCAACACCCAGUUCAUGGGUGUCUGUUACCAUCCCAGUGGUGUUCAGAUAGUCACCACAGGAAGUGAUCGUAAGAUUGGGUACUGGGAAUUGUAUGAUGCUUCACUGAUAAGGGAGAUAGAAGGUUCUAGGUCCAGUGGGCUUAAUGCAGUCGACAUCACUAGAGAUGGGGAGCGCAUCGUAACAGGAGGAAAUGAUCAGUGCGUGAAGGUUUGGAAUUACCAUAAAGGUAACCCAACUCAUGUAGGUGCCGACCACGCUGGUGCCGUCACUGCCGCACGAUUUUCACCUGAUAAUCGUUAUAUUGUCAGUGUCACCUCUGAUGGAGGAAUAUUCCUAUGGAAAAGUCCAUACAUUACACUACCUUUGCAAGAGUCGUGGCAGUCUGCAAGAUGCUCCUCCAGAAGCACCCGCAGCACAUGCAGUGAGCAAGCAGAGCAGCAGGGGAAACUGGCAGCAGAGAGGGAAGUGGAAGAACAUGCUGCCAGUGCAAGAAGUGCACAAGGCAGUAAAGAUGGUGGCAUUCAUGAGACACGACUGGAGCAAUGCAUUUGCAAUGGUACAGCAAAGAGUGUUGGCACACCAGACAUUGGUGGAAUGCUAAAACGUAAUGGCAUGCCAAAGAGGGGUGGCACAACAAAAAGUAAUGGCACACCGAAGAGUGGUGGCACAACAAAAAGUAAUGGCACGCCAAACAACAGUCAGGGCACCUCAAGUGGAAAACUCUAAUCAUGAAAGCAUAUAUAUUUCAGGAU